GAUCAAGACCGAAUUCCUUCAUGCAGCUGACUUGAACUCUGACAAUCCACAUUGUGAACAUCGCGAACUUCCUUUCUGAUAACUCACCAACAACACAGUUACAACUCACCACGAAAGGCAGAUACAGCAAUCUCCAUAGCCGCCAUGUCUUCCUCCUCCAGCCUAAUCCCCACCGAGGCCAUCGUUGGCACCACCGUUGCCAUGUCCUUCAUCCUCCUCGGCAACGCAAUCACCCAAUCCUUCAUGGGCGUCCCCGCCCUCCUCAUCAACUUUCCUCACCCCUCCUCCCCUUCCCACCCCCAAGCCGCCAAACACCUCGGCCAACAAUGGCCUGUCUUCUGGCGUGUCGGCAACGUUUUUUUCCGCCCCAUCUCCACCUUUGGCAUCAUCGGCUACGGCUACGCCGCCUGGGCCAGCUAUUCUCGCUCUUUCUCCUCCUCCUCUUCCUCCACCACUGUCACCUCGGGUAGCAACAACAACAACGCAUGGAAGUUUUAUGCCAUUAGUGCCUUGUGCCAUUUGAUCACGGUCGUGCAUAGUGCGGUCAAUAUGCAGCCGAUCAAUGCCAAGAUUGAAGGGUUGAAUAGAAGAGAGGGGGACAAGAACAAGACGGAUGCGUCGCUGGCGGAGUACUAUGCUAGGAAGUGGGCGAAAUUGAAUCUGGUGAGGCUGGUGAUGCCGGCGGUGGCGGGGAGUGUGGCGUUGUGGACUACGUUGAGGGCCGGUGCCGGUGCCGGGGGGAGGAUUUAAGGUUAUUGAGCGAGGGAAGGGGAGAAGAGGAUCACUGGAGAUGACAACAUGCUAUGAUUUUUAUUUGGGGAGAGGCUGGGUUGCGACGAGGAUUGUUUGUCAUGAGGACGACGAGACAGGUUUGUUUCACAAUGUAUUGAGACGAUAAGGAAAACAGCAGAGUGUAAUGUGUAUGGUGUAGACACAUGGGCAACAAACGGUCAUUAAUGGGGAUAAUUAGGAGUGUUCAAGUACAAUACGAGCUGUGCCUCAUGAUUAAAUCAGAAAUACGGUUUGGCGAAGA